GACGAAACUCUUCAAACCACACCGCAAGUCCACCCCAACAUCUACUUCCUUCCUCAAUCACGCCCUCUCACCCACUUCUUCCCCACUCAUCCCACCUCCGUCUCUCCAAUACCUCUCCUCCCUCUCCCCCGGCAAUGACCAGAGAGACCACUCCGCCCACCGCCAUCCCCGCAACCAACGCCGCUCGCGAACCUCCUUCCCUGCCCGCCUCCCCGCUCCCAAAGCGCACGAAAACGAACGAUAACGCCGACAUGACUGCCUCCAAUGCCCCCGCUGUGACCUCCAUCCAGCAGCAGCUACCCCCGCUGUUGGUCAAGAAGCUGGUUGACUCGGCCAAGGCCCCGACGCGGGGCUCUGCUUUCGCUGCGGGGUACGAUAUGUACGCGGCUAAGGAGACGGUUGUCCCGGCCAAGGGCAAGGCUCUGAUUGAUACUGGUAUUGCGAUGGCUGUGCCGGAGGGUACUUAUGGCCGUGUUGCUCCCCGUAGUGGUCUUGCUUCGAAGCAUUUUAUUGAUACCGGUGCCGGUGUUAUUGAUGCUGAUUACCGUGGUGAGGUGAAGGUGCUGCUCUUCAACCACUCCGAUGUCGACUUCCCUGUCAAGGUUGGUGACCGUGUUGCCCAGCUGGUUCUGGAGAAGAUCUAUACCCCCGAGGUCGCUGUCGUCGAAGAGCUCGAGGAGAGUGUCCGUGGUGCCGGUGGAUUCGGCAGCACUGGCGUUUAGAGCUUGGAAUGAGAUGAGAUGAAAAUAAACUUUAACGAAUCGGGUUCUGGAGUUGGACAAAAUGCAUUGAAGUAUAUCUAGAAUUGGCGGUCCUUGGCUGAAGUUAAUGAAUGCACAUGUUGAGUACGACUCUCAAGAAUGGAAGUCGAACUCGAAGAUGAAGUUUGUCGCAUUUUCAAGAUGUAAACGACAUCUUUUCAGAUAUAGGGUCUUAACAACCACUUCCACAUACACGCAUGUGUUCC